AUGGCCUACCCCUUUGGAGGUCAACGAGGCCCAGGAGGGACUCGAAACAACAACAACAUGGCGAGCAUAGGCAGCUCCAACCUGAAGCGCCGCAUGUCCCAGCCGAACCGGCUUGACAACGAGCUCCUCACCACCCCAUCCGAACUAUCAUUCAACUCGGCCACACCAUCCAUGGCCGCUGGCUCUGACGCCAGCUCUGUCCGCCGCAGACGGGCUCGCUUUACCGCCCGGCCGUUCAAGUUUCGACCUCCUACCAUCCGGUUCAGGUCCCGGCGUCCCAGCCAGAAUGUCAACAACUCACCUUACAUGUCGCCUGGCCCGUACCACUCAGACGAUAACCAUAUUGAAUCCGAACCCGAGUUCCGAUGGAGCUCCUCCAACCUCUCCAUCUCCACGGACGCCACCAGUAUUCCGUCUGAUGACGCCACAACGAAGUCCACUCCCGGCCGCCAGCUUGUGCGAGCCCGAUCCGUACCCGGUCGAGGCACAGUAGGGCUUCGACAAAGGUCACAGCAGAACCGGCAACCUGGACGGAUUGGCCUGACACUCCCUGACGGGCGUGGCCGAACCUAUCACAUCUCGGUUGCCCCCGGUCCCCUUCAAGACAGUCCCACGCCUGCUCGCGCCAAGAUUGAGGCCCCCCCAGUUCAGGCUCACGUAACACAGGCCCCUGCGCCUCAGGCCAAAGGGAAAGGGAAAGGCAAAGGCGGCCGCAACAAACGCAAGGGUGGCGGUGCCCAAGCCAGGCAAGUCGAGGCCUUGAAAGAGUCGGCCAAGACAUCUCAGGACACUCCAUCGUCCGUCGCGAGCAACGAAGAAGCCUCUGCAACCAGAUCGAGGUCGACCUCUCGUCACAAGGGCGAAGAAAUUCUCCUCAAGCAGGUUGAAGAACUCAGAGAUGAGGUCAAGUCUUUGCAGGAUGGCCAGUCAUCUACCGCGAGAGAUCUGGAAAAUGCCCUUGACAAAAUCUCUGUCAUCAGUGCCGAGAAGAAAGACGUGGAGCGCAGGCUUGCCGAGGCCUCUGCUCCCUCUUCUGUCGUGCGCGGUUUCGAACACCAGUACCAGAUGGUGGAUGACGCCCAGAGCUCCCUCACCACCCACAGCAAACACUCCAGGUCUCCUUCCAAAGGGCUCCAGGAAGUCCAGGGCUUGCAGCAAGACAAGGCAGAUCUCGAGGCCAAGGUCUCCGAGCUGGAAAAAGACCUGACGCUUUACAAGGACUUUAAAGUCUGCCUCGAAGCAAAGUGUGAUGAGCUGCAGGACGAGAUUAAGCAGCAGGAAGAGCGCUUCAAGACGGACUCGGAGAAGCUUCGCAGCGAUGUCGAAGAUGUUGAAGAUCUUCGCAAAACACAGGACGCGGCACACAUUGCUCGCAUUGUUAGUCUCGAGCUCUCAAAGGAGAGCCUGCAAGCUAAGGCACAGGCUCUGGAGGCGGAGAUCGCUAGGAAGGACUUUGAGUACGGCGAGUUCACGACUGAGCGCGACCAGCUCAGCAAAGACAAGGACGCGUGGGUCGAAGAGAAGAAAAAUCUCGAGUCUCGUGUCGAGGUCCUUGAGAGCGAGAAGAGUAAGCUCGAAGAGCAGACCAAGGCACUCGAGGAAACGAUCAAGGGCCUCGAGACGGAACGGGACAGCAUUCAGGCCCACGUCGUCGAGCUUGAAAAGACCAAUGGAGAGCUCCAAUCCAAAGUUGGCGGCCUCGAGGACGACAAGAGCACCAUUGUCAGCAAGAGCGAGAAGCUCAAAACAAAAGUGGACCGCCUGAAAGGCGAAAACGGCAACCUGCGGACGCAGGUCUCGAGCCUUCUCAAGGAUCAAGAUGACCAUACUUCGCAAGUCUUGACGCUCUCGGCCGAGCGCGACGGCCUCAAGGAAGAGAAUAUCACGCUCAAGGCCAUGUCCGAGGCCGGCAGCGUCUUGGGAAGCGUCGUUGGGAGUCGCGUCGGACGCUGGGUCGCCAGCGAUAUGGGUAGCCAGGCGCCGAGUGAGGUUGGGAGUGUCGCUUCCAAAGCGACAAGCAAGGCGCCCAGCGAGGUCGGCAGCACCGCCUCAAAGGCAAGCAAGGCAUCCAGCGCGGUCUCGAAGAAGAGCAGCAAAUCUGGCACCAAGGCUCCCAGCCAAGUAGGCAGCCUUGUCUCCGUCAAAGAAGAAGCGGAUGCCGAUGACGAUGCCGCCACCACAGUCUCGGAUGCCACUGUGAAGCCUGACGACAAGACGAGCGAGGUUAGUGCAACACCGGCGUCAGGCGACAGCUCUGCCCCCGACAUUAUCGAGGUUACUGAAUCGGAGGCUGGCGAACCAGCGGCCGAGCCCGAGGCGGCCGUCGAGGAAGCGCCAUCCGCCGAAACCACUGCCGAUCCCGAACAAGCAGCCUUGCUUGCCACACUGCAGACGCAGAAUACCGAGCUUGAGACGCGCAACGCGACACUCCAAGAAAAGGCGAGCAAGGUCGAGACCCUGACAACCGAGCGGGACGGCCUCGCCUCGCGUCUUGCGACCGCGGAGCUAGACGCCGCACAAUUGCCGACGCUGCGUGAGGAAAACGGAGAGCUGGCGACGCAGCUCGCAGAAACCAACGCUGCACUUGAGAGCGCCAUGGCUGCCCAUGCUGCUGCCAACGUGGAGGUUGACGGGCUCAAGGCCGAGGUGGCAAGCCUACGCAGUAGGCUCUCGAGUCCGUCGCGGCGGAGCGGUAGUACACGGACCUCCAGAAAGGACGGCGACAAGGCCAAACAGCUGGUUGUUGUGCGAGACCCGAACGACCGGGGACAGAUACAAGUCAUCCGUCGAUGCGAUCUGCGCCUGCACUCUCGGUCCGCUUCGCUGUCUGAGGGCUCGGGCGCCGAUUGA